CCGAGCAGACACUAGUCGCGGAGGCCACAGGAGCUGCAUUGAUUGAUCUCGGCCUGCGCCCAUUCGCGUAAUCGCAGCGCAUCAACACCGUCCGAAGCCGAGAGCAGAACCAGUCGAGUGCGGACACACACAUCGCGAGCAAGCAGAGACGAGACGGGACGGCGUGCGAGUGAGAGUGCGAGUGAGUGCGUCGGCCGCCGAACGAGUGCCCUCGCGAGCGUGAGUCGGCCGAAUCGCGAGGCGCGCCCCGCCUGCUCCUUCCCUUGCGAGAGCCCGUGUCCGUGCAUGGACAGGAGCUAAAGUCUGCGCGAUGCGUCGGCUCCACUUGGCACUGAUCGUGCUGCUCGCCGCCCUCGCCGCCUCCGGCCAGGCCCAGCAGCAGCAGCAGCAGCAGGGCGGAAAGGCGGCAACAGCGGCGGUGUCGGCGCCGGCGGGCGGCGCCGCGGCGCCGGACAAGUCGAACCAGGACCUGUACGUGGACGACAGCGCGGACGACGGUGAAGACGACGAGGACGACGACGACGGCGACUGGGCCGCCGACGAGGGCUCCGGCGCGGCGCCAAAGCGCGGCGGCAGCGGCUCCGCGGGGCGCCGCAGGAACGAGGAGGACGUCGGCUCGGGCGGCGCCUCGUCCGGUCGUCGAAGGAACGACGACGAGGGCUCGGGCACCGGCCCGGCAGGAAAGUCGCCCAUCGACGACGACGACGACGAUGACGACGACGACCACGACGACUCCGAACACUCCGGAGACGGUCCAGUUGUUCCGAUCGGAGGCCCCAAGCCAGAGCCAGAAAGCCCGAAGAAGAAUCAGCCACAGGCAUCGGAUCCCAAGGGCAACAAGGACGACGGCAAGACGUUCGAGAUCGACCCCGUGCCCGGCGUGGGCGCGGGCAGCGAGCCAGGCGUCUACCCGGUGGACACGUCGGACGUCGAGGACAAGGGCGUGACGAUGAACAAGCCCGAGGACCGGGCCACCUCGUUCUUCGCGCAGCCGGGCAUCCUGGCAGCCGUGAUCGGAGGCGCCGUCGUGGGCCUGCUGUGCGCCAUCCUGGUGGUCAUGUUCAUCGUGUACCGGAUGCGGAAGAAGGACGAGGGCUCGUACGCGCUGGACGAGCCCAAGCGCUCGCCAACCAUCAACUCGUACACCAAGAACUCGAACCGCGAGUUUUACGCUUGAGCCCGCCGCCCUUUUCUUUGCAGCACCGCAAGACUUUUUUAACACACCCACACAUUUGACAUACAAGAAAACUCUCUCUCUCACACACACCCACACACACGCCACACUAUUGUUUAUUAUGUUUCGAGACAAAAGUGCACAAAAGCAGCAGCAGCAGCAGCGUUUUCGGCGAACUUUGUCUGUGCGGAAGGGCCCUUCACCUCACAAGCAGUGGAAAAUUCUUGCGAGCAGCUUUCUUUCUUUUUUUCUUUCAUUCGUUUUUAUUUUAGUUUCGUUCGGCGACCGAGCCAAAAGAAAGUGUCGCCCGGCGAACGGAAGGCAGGGCGCGUCGGCGAGGGCGGGCUCGCGAUCAGGGCAGCUUCUCCUCUUCCGUUUUACCCCUCCCCUCCCCUCUCUCGGCACUCGCAUGUGAUAUAUGUAAGGAAAGCCGCCCUCGCCGGCGGCGCGCCCUCGUUCUGGAACGCGGCCUGCAGCUGACAUUCCUCACUCAGACGGCCGCCUUGUGCCACAUCUCUACCUACGAUUAUCGAAUUAAAACGAAUUAUUUAUUAAAUGUUAAGUUGCGUUCCUGCACGGCGCGCGCAAUAAGUGUUUGUUAACACCGCUACUAACCAACUGACUUGUCGAAUCAAAUUAAUUAUUCUAUUCUUAACGACGGUGCUGGAGCGCGUGGAUCGACCAGGGACGGGGUAGCCAUUUAAAUCUCUCUCUCACUCUCUCUAUCGACAAAUCCGUCUAACGAAGCCAUUUUAUUAUUACGCGCGUCCACGAGACGCAGACACGUACAUUAUUAUAAUAAAUAUAUUAUUGUUUACACACACACACACACACGGUAGGUAUAAAUAAGAAUAAAAUAUAUCGCAGCGCGAGUGAGAGCGAGAGACACCGAGAGAAAGGACGAGCGAGAAAUUAUAUAAGUGUAAAUAGAAGUUUGCUGUUCUAAGUGUCAUCUUUUGUGUUCAACGCGGCGAGCGGCCGGCCGGCCAGCCCCCAAAUUUCCGAAUUUCGCCCCGACAGCAAGGAAAAUUUAAGCAAAACAAAAACAGGCCUGCGCCGCUCGCCUUCCUCACUCUUUAUUUUGUCACACACACAGAGCCAUUAUAUAUUAAUAAAAUAAAUAGUUAUUCGAUUUCUUACACACACGCAUUCAAAGUGGAAAUGGAGAAACGAGUCGUUUACUACGAUUUAUGUAUUUAUACACGCGCGCGCGCGGCGAUACGAUCAUCAUCUAUCUCUGUAGCUGGUGCAAUGCCUGUACAUAGGACGAACACACACACACACUCACUCACGCAACACUCGGAUGACAAAAAUUACAAAAAACAAAGAAAGAAGAAGCAAACCCAAGUGAAAAGAAUUAUAUUAUUAUGUGCAGCUGCGUAAGCAAAGUAAUAGUCCUGUUGUUCUCUGAUAAAACACAUGAAAGUAACAUGAUUAAUAAAUCUGAUGAUGUAUCUAUACGAAAAGGAUUAAAA